AUGUCAUUUAGUAGGUUACUAGCUCGAGACCCGAUCCCCGACAAGGAAGCUAUGCACGACGAGGCCAGAGUAAAAUCUAUGAGUGCCGGUCACUGGGAUACGAAAGGGGCAAGUGCGGAUGACAACGAUGAAUCACAGCGUCGACUCGCCCGAGCCGGUUUAGACGUGCAAACCUCCGAGGAUAAGGCAGUGGUGAUUAUCAUUGCGGCGUCUAUUUUCGGCUCUCUGGUCCUGAUUGCUAAUCUGUUGAUUAUUGUGUUCCUGGCCCAACGGCAUCGUAAAAAGUUGCAUCAACAGAGACGAAGUUCAAUUCAUUUCAUCCUAACCUUGUCUCUUAUCAUUUGGCUUCCACCCUGCCACGGACGUACACUUAAACAACCAGUGUUCAUGGGAAACGAACUGGUCCAACUAUGCCCGACCACAAAUCCAUAUGGUGGAGACAUGACAAUCAAUUCCCGUCCAUCGUACAACGGUUACAUGGAUGGGUCCAGCUUGAACGAGGAUUUACUAUUGCAAAAUCGAUCCAGUGAACACUUUAUGGCUUACCAUCCCAAUCUGAGUCCUAUGGGCGUGAAUAUUUGUUCAGAUGGAUCAAAUAUUCUCAAGAGCAAUAACUCGUUCACUGGAUCACCACACCCAAGUUUGCAAGCAAUCAAUCCAUUGGCAAUGCCCUCACCGACUCAUGUGGAUUACAACUCGAACGGACUUCAAUUACCCUCCACCCAGAUGGGUGAUUCGGAAGUGACUGGAUUGACAUAUUUGAAUGCGGAUGCCAGUCCACCGGUAGCCAUGAACGAUUAUAAUCAACAUGGAGGCAUGUUUGCGAUCAAUGAGAUGGGUCUCGCAGCGCCCAUGAUGCCCCAUGCGGAACGCCGCACCCCGAUGAAUAUGCGCAUUAAUGCCGGAGUCUCGGUUUAUCCACAAAUCAUUCAACGUGUGGACUCCCCAAAUUCGGGAGCCGCUUCGAGUAUAUCAGCCACUCGAUCGGCCGGAUAUCCCAACUCGAAUAGCUUGGAACGGAAUGCAUAUUUCAUUGCUCCCCGAACCCCAUCUCAGCACAACAUGGCCUCAUUGGUCAGACAGACCAGUUUCGGUCAAACAACUACUCCGAACGGGACGUUUGGCAGACCGGGGAUGAACUAUGUGCCGUCGGGUGGUGCACAACAAAUGGGAUCCCGAUCCGGUAGUUCCACAUUCACGCCGACGCACAGCACAAUAAUGAAUGGACGUAUACGUGGUAAUCAAAUGGCUAUGAGCUAUUAUGCGGAUCGUGGUCCCGGUUCAAAUUCCAGCUAUGGAGAUAAAACACCUUCCGGGACACUUCGUUCGCNNNGGAUGAAUACUUCCCAACUGUUGGAUACCUACCUCCAACGAUACAACGACCAGCUUCAAAGUGUUCGUGCCAUGAAUCAACAAGCAUCACCGGCCCGUUAUCUAUGUGAACCGGAAGUUAAUCGUGGUACGUCGGACCAUUACCGUUCUCCAAUCAUGCGCCCCACCGGUCUGGAUGUGCAAACACAUAGUAACGCGGAAAGCACCAUAAUUCCACCACCAAAUGCCUUUGGAACGCACAGCCCACAUGGGCCUGGUAUAUCAACCGGUCCCAGUGCAGACACUGGUCGUCUCCUGUACCACGGUUCCGACAACGAAGAGUCUCAUUUCGAUUUGACACAGGGACAGACAACCACGGCAACCGUCCGUCCGUCCCCGGGCAAUUUAAUCCGUCCGCCACAGAUUAAUGUGAGCAACGCCCCAGUCAAACAUCCCAGCCCGAAUCAGGCGCUAGUCUAUCCCAAUGAUGGACAGGAUGGAUUCCCUCGAUAUGGAUGUAUAGUGUGA